AGGGCAAGCACCACAAAAAUAUUGGACCUAAAAACACAUUCGGUGAAGAGGAGUUCAGGCGAACUCACUCUUAAAACAUCGUAUAAAGGUAAAACUCUGUCAUACGGCCUCUGGAUUCAGCUUGGUUGAGGAGGAUAACACACGGUUUUAGUGGGACUAAACAAGGGUAAUUCAUAUCAUCUUUGAAUAGAAUCUUUAAACACUCCCGCCCAGCAGGGGGCGGUAAUACACAUUACCACAAUACUACAAUACUUUCCCGACAUAACGAAGAAAAAACAAGCAACAACCGGGACUUGGGGAGUCUGAAGUCUGAGUGAGACCGGCUGACCUCUCCACGUUGACCCACAGAGCGGGUUGGACCGACCGGGGGACCGGGUCAGACUGCCCGGAAUGCAGAGCCCCAGAGCCGCGGUGCAGCUUGUCCAGCUCGGGCGGAUCUCCUACUCCCAGGCGCUCCUAGAGCAGCAGCGCUUCGUCCAGCGACACCGUAACCGAGAUCCCAGCCGCCCGGCCCCCGACGCCCUGCUGGUGUGCGAACACCCGCCGGUCUACACCAUCGGGAUCCGCCAGGCCCCUUACCCCGCCGAGGAGGAGCGCAGGCUGGCCCUCCUGGGAGCCGAGUUCUUCCGGACGAACCGAGGCGGGUUGAUCACCUUCCAUGGGCCGGGCCAGCUGGUCUGCUACCCGGUCCUUGACCUCCGGGGCUUCAGGAAGAGUUUGCGCUGGUACGUCGGUCAGCUGGAGCAGACCGUCAUCGGGCUGUGCGGUCAACUGGGCAUCGAGGCGUCGAUCUCCCCGGACACCGGAGUGUGGGUUGGGGACAACAAGAUCUGCGCUAUCGGGAUCCAUUGUGGCCGCUACAUCACAUCUCACGGCCUGGCCCUCAACGUCAAUACAGAUCUGUCGUGGUUCAAACACAUUGUUCCCUGCGGCAUUGUGGGUAAAGGCGUGACGUCUGUGAGCGAGGAGCUGGGCCGAGCGGUGACGGUGGAGGAGUUGCUGCCCCGCCUGCUGGACUCCUUCUCGGAACACUUCGGUCGUGACGUCACACGCACUAAAACCCCUCCACUUCCCCCUGGCUGAGGGGGGGGGGGGGGGGGGGGGGCGCCCUCUUCUGGCGGACUUUAGAACUAUGUCUGUGAAUAAAAUGUUUCAUUUCAAGGGGCAAAAAAGACUGAAGGAUUUCACAACCGUCACUUGUACCUUCACUUCCUGUGUAAUAUUCAUUCACCAACGAAUGUAUUUAUUUGUUAUACACUGAAAAGCCCAACUCAUGCUGCAUUCUGUUCUGAAAAGUAAAGAGUACUAUGUUGUCUAAUGCAAUAUAAAAACGAUUAUAAGCUAUUUCUACUAUCUCUAAAGAGGAAUCUUACAUGCAGGAGGUUCGUCAAACACAGCAUAAACAUGAUGUCUUAUCAAGUCAUAUGAUGCAGAAAAUAUUGCUCUCUGUAUAUGUAUAUGUUUGAUUAUAUAUUCAUGCUGUACACAUAUUCAAGAAUGCUUACAUUUUUACAUGACCGAAGCUCUCAGAUAAUUCAAACUAUAUUACCCGGUAGGUGGGUUGACUGUCUAGAAUCAGAUUCUUACUGAUCGUUUUGCUUAUGCCAAAUCCAAAGUCUGCAUACGUGAAUAAAUACAACAAAUACAAAACAUAUAAAUAUAAAAA